UGUUAAUCUAGCUACUGGUUAAGAAAAAUUAUUACCACUUAAAUUUAAACACAAAAAUGCUUCGAAGCAAGAUAUUAAAUAGGAUAAGACUGCUUAAGCCAGUAAUCGACAGAAGAUGCAUGUCAAGUGCUUCAAAAACUCCACUUACUUUGCUGGAAGUGGACGAUAAAAGUGGAAUUGCGACGUUAUCGUUGAACCGGCCGCCAGUCAACAGUCUCAAUAUUGAUCUGAUGAAUAGCAUUAUUGAAUCCAUAACUGAAAUUGAAGGUAACAAGAGUCGCGGACUGAUCUUAACUUCUGCCAAUGAUCGUGUUUUUUGCGCUGGGCUGGAUCUCAAUGAAUUGCACAAACCAAAUCAGGAGCGUUUGAAGGAGUUCUGGGCAGUAUUUCAGGAUGUGUGGUUGGCCCUACACCUUUGCAGUGUGCCCACAGCAGCAGCUAUAAAUGGACAUGCUCCAGCUGGUGGUUGCCUUCUAGCCACCGCUUGUGAGUAUCGUGUGAUGUUACCCCAAAUGACAAUUGGCCUAAAUGAGACACAAUUUGGCUACAUGGCUCCAAAAUGGGUGAUGUUAUCGUAUUUGAGUGUUCUACCUCGUCGUUUAGCCGAGCGUGCACUAACCCAAGGAAAAUUGUUUACCACCGCCGAAGCAUUGGACGUGGGACUUGUGGAUGAGAUAGCUGCCAGCAAGGAAGAAGCCUUGGCAAAGUGCUCAACGUUCAUUGACAGCUUUAGCAAGGCCAAUCCAUUGGCCAGGAGUUUGACCAAGAAACAAAUUCGAGAGCCAGAUGUUCAGAAAUUGAUUGCUGAUCGAGCUGGAGAUCUCAAGGAAUGUUUGGAGUACAUAAAUAGUCCACUGCUUCAAGACGGUUUGGGCGCCUAUUUUGAGGCUCUCAAGCAGAAAAGCAGAUCUAAAGCGGGAAAGUCAUAGGAUUAAAAUGGAAAUAUUGUAACCAACAUUUUAUAUAAACAUCACUUAAUACUGCAAGUCUA